UUGCAGAAGUUGGCUGCAAUUCGCUCAUCUUAACGUAUCAAGAGAGAGGAGGGAAGAGAGUAAUCGACAUAAUAGAUAUUACAUUUUAUUAGACAUACAAGAGAUGCUAGCGAAUGACGAGGACGAUACAUUUCUAAUUGAGUGUAUCGAGCAAUUUGAAAACUGUAUUCCAACCACGAGCCCUAACAAUAACGAAUUAAUCGGUGAAAAUAGCAUCACUGAUAACACUGCUAACACUGCAGAUAUUACGGAUAAUACUGGUACGAUUAAUGAGGAAAACAAACACGAUAUAAAUAAUGAUCGUGACAACUCUAAUGAAUUUUUAAUGGAGGGUGGAGGAUGGCUGUGGCAGGAAUUUCUAAAACUUCCUCAAUCAACGGCGUUAGAAACGAUACAGAGUGGUUACGUUAAUGAAAAACCAUUUGACGCUGUACAAGAUGUCGGCUUAAUUAAUAACGCCGUUUGCGCUGAUAAUAAUAAUGAGUUUCCGCGGUUUUCUCAGGAACUAUCGUUGGAAAUGGAACGGGGCGUUGAUGCUAUACAGAGUAUCUCUAUGGUUAGACCCGUGAUAAUAACAGACAAAUCGUUGGAAAUGGUGCAGAACGAUGAUGAUAUACAAGGCACCUCUUUAGUGGAGUCUACGACAAUAACAGACGAGGUCACCGAUACUAAUAACGGUAAGAUAUUUAUGUUUUAUUGUUAAAUAAAUAAAUAAAUAAAUAAAU